AUCAUCAGCAGGCAAAGUCCUGUCUCCCUGGAUACGGGAAAUCGUAGUUAGACUUUAACCUGCUGGAGCCCCGGCAGGAAGUCAGAGUGUGGCGGGACGACCAGAGAGAAGGGAAAACAAUGGCUAGCGACAACAAGGGUGGGAAUCCUCCGCCAUACAACCCCUACGCCCCUCAGCAGUACUCCAGCUAUGGCAGUGGAGCGGGACCCCAGGACGGCUCCGUGAACAUCAAUGUCAUCUCCCCAAUGCAAGUCGGAGUGCCGGAGGAUCAGUCAGAUGGCCCACCAUCCUACAUUGAAGACUUCGAGGAGACAAACGUUUUCUCAGAUAAAUCCAUUAGAAGAGGUUUCAUAAGAAGGGUGUAUUUCACACUCACGAUUCAACUGUUGGCCACUGUGGGAAUUAUCUGUGCUUUUAUAUUCUGGCCUCAACUGAAUGCAUGGGCCUUUCAAAACAGUUGGUUGACAUAUACUGCAAUGGCAACAACUGGUGUUCUCAUGUUGGUUUUGGCUUGCUGUGGGGAUAUUCGACGAAGAGUUCCCAUGAAUUUCAUAUGUCUAGGCCUGUUUACAAUUGCAAAGGGGGUUAUGCUUGGAUCUCUGUGUGUGCUUUUCGAAGUUGAACCUGUUCUUUGGGCAAUGGGAGCCGCAGCAUUUGUAACCUUGGGUUUGACCCUCUUUGCUGUUCAGACUAAAAUUGACUUCACCAUGUGCAGUGGAAUGUUGUUUGCCCUAUGUUUCUCCCUCCUGGGCUUUGGUCUCCUGUGUGGCAUUAUGAGAUCAAACUAUCUGUACAUUGUGUAUGCAUGCCUCGGCACAUUAGUCUUUUCUAUGUAUCUGGUGUUUGAUACUCAGAUUAUGCUAGGUGGUAACCAUAGAUACACCGUGGACCCAGAGGAGUAUGUCUUCGCAGCACUGAAUCUGUACCUUGACAUUAUCACCCUUUUCCUUUUGUUGCUUCAGUUGAUCUCAAUCUGUUCUGAUUAGACCGAUGCUUUGGUGCAAUGAUGCUGUCUUCACAAUGAAAACUUGAUUACACUUGUCCUACCAUGUUAAUGUUGUAAUUACAUUGUGAAAAAAACAC